AUGGAGCAGUCGGCCACUCUCGACAUAGAGACGCUGAAGAUUACCCAGGAGCAGUUUAUUCUCGCGUCCCAGUCCCUGCACCUCCAGCGACCAGGCUGCGAUGCCGUCUACCCGGUGGGUCUGUACGGCUGGAGGAAGAGAUGCCUCUAUUUCUUUCUGCUGCUGCUGCUGGUCACCAUGAUAGUGAACCUGGCGCUCACUGUGUGGAUCAUUAAGGUCAUGAAUUUCUCCGUGGGCGGGAUGGGAAACCUCCAGCUGAAUCAGGAUGGGAUUCGCCUGGAGGGAAUCUCAGAGUUUCUCCUGCCUCUCUACGUGAAUGAGAUCCAGUCCAGAAGGGACAGCUUGCUGGUCUUGCGAUCAGAAAAGAACGUAACGCUGAACGCCAGGAACGACCAAGGCCAACUGACCGGACAGCUGACCGUGGGACCUGAGGCUGUGGAGGCCCAGUGUCAGAGGCUGGAGGUACGGAGUAAAGAUGGAGGCAGGCUGCUGUUCACCGCAAAUGAGGACGAGGUCAUCAUGACAACCGAGAAGUUCACCGUUACAGGCUCGGAAGGCGCCGUGUUUGGACAUUCAGUUGAAACUCCCCUGAUCCAGGCGAGGGCUUCUGAAGACCUUAAGCUGGAGUCUCCAACACGGACCCUGACCAUGGAGGCUCCCAGAGGGGUGGAGGUGAGCGCUGCCAAGGGGCUGCUGAAGGUCAGCGGGCGAAAGGACCUUCAGCUGGAGUCCACAGAGGGAGAGAUACUUUUAGACGCCAACACCAUUCAGAUGGGCAGCCUCCCGCUCGGCGUCUACACGCCGUCGCCCGCUCAGGCCUCCCUGGAACAGGCCGUGUACGAGGUGUGCGUCUGCCCCAGCGGCAAGAUCUACCUCUCUCCUGCAGAGAGCAGCUCCACCUGCCAGGCCAUGAGCAACAUCUGCCUCUGGAGCUGA